ACAGGUUCUAGGGCUUUGCUUGGAAGAGAGAAGUUAGUUUAGGGAUAGCGAGGGUGGGAACAUAACCAAUUAUUAUUGCUUGGGGAACUGUGUGUUAAAAGCAGCAGCUCCUGUAAAGAAGAUAGUACAAUCCUUCUUGACGUUUCCAUGAAAAAGACAACUUCAGUUGGACUUUUCAGGAAUUAUUUCUGUUUCAGCAAAUACGUUGGAGCAACUGGAGAAGUUCGUCAGAAGAUGGAAUAAAUGGAUGCUUAGUCUGAGGACAAAGGAAAGAGCUCUGGACGGCUGGCUACUUGGGAUCUUUAUUUUGGAAGAAGAAAAGAGCUCCUGGCGUUUGGCUACCAGGGAUCUUUACUGAGGGAAAAGGAAGAUUCGUCUUGAGAGAAGAAAACUGAAGAAUCUCUACACAAAGAGGAAGCACAAGAAGGAAUACCAUCUUACAAUGUUUGGCUACCCAACAACAGAAACAAUGACCUGGCUUCACAAAAGCUAUGGGAACUCCCAAGGGAGUACAGGGCAACUAAAAAGUCGAAUAGAAGAUCUCAAAAAGCCUUGGAAGAAGGAAAUCAGCCCUUCCAUGUUGCAGCACAGCGAGACUGCUCGACUGGCUGUGGAUGCCUUUCUAGAACAGGGAGAAGCUGGCUACCUACAAGCCAUUGCUCAGGAGAAGGAGCUGCCCUUUCUUUCCAUGCUGGACAUGGAUUACAUGAGCCAACACAGCCAAAGCAUCCCUGAGUCUCCAAUGAAGGGCCGUGAAUCAGGGCUCACUAGAGAGGACAGCGCAGACAGAGCUUCACUUCUCUCCGGAGUCACAUCUGGGACCUAUUUUCCAUUGAUGUCCGAUGUUGAUCCCCCACAUCUAGAGCUGGGAUGGCCUGCGACAGUCCCCAUCACAGCAUACGAUCAACAAGAAGUCAGCUUGUAUUUCCAACGAGACAAGGCAAAUAACGUUAAGGAAAUACUGAGAUCUCUAAUAAGCAAAGCCAAGUCAGUGAUUGCAAUUGUGAUGGAUCUCUUCACAGAUAUGGAAAUACUCAGUGAUCUAAUGGAAGCGUCAAGCAAGAGGCACGUGCCUGUUUACCUGAUCCUUGAUGAAAAAAACUUGAAAUACUUUGCUGAAAUGUGCACUAAAAUGGAUCUCACAAUGGACGACUUUCCAAACAUGCGGAUACGCUGUGUGAGUGGAGACACGUAUUACAGUAAAGCUGGCAAGAAGCUCACAGGGCAAGCACUUGAGAAAUUUGUGCUAAUAGACUGUGAACAAGUCCUUGCAGGAAGUUACAGUUUUACAUGGCUGUGCAGCCAGGUCCAUACUGGCUUGGUAAUACACUUCAGAGGAAAAGUUGUCGAAUGUUUUGACAGAGAGUUUCGAUGUUUAUAUGCGGAAUCCAGAUCUGUGAAUCAACUCAAUAUCCCCGUUGCUGAAAGGUCCAUAUUGUCUUCUCACAAAACCUUGAAGAACUAUGAGCCAGUUUUAAAAGGGUUUCACCAAAAUGAAAGUGAAACCACAAGCCCCUCCAGCAGCCUCUCCAAUUACAGCAUAGCCAGCAUAAAGAAAUCGCCAUAUUUAAACCAGGCAACGUCCAAGGACAUUUCGGGUUUACUAGGGAUUAGUAACUCGAAAUAUCAGCCCAGGGAGCUAUCAGAUUCUAGCUGCAGUGCUGCAGGUAAAUUAAAGUAUCAAUUCAAUGAAAUCUCUAAUUUGCCAAGACUGAAAACAAAUUUUCUAUCAGCAUCAUCGCCAAUACUAGGCGACAAUACAAGAAAUGGGCACGAUUUGCAGUUUCGGCCUGAGAAUAUUGGAACAGCCAGCAACAGGGCAUUCCCAUAUAACCCUCAACCAAAGGACAAUGUAAGCAAAAUACAGAAUAAUGAAAAAACAGCAACUCAUGGAUUCAGCAAACUAGAUCUCAUUUACAAUCCAACUAAAUCAUUGAAUAGUGGCCUGAAACUGUCAGUUCCUUCUUCUUCUGGUGUCUCUGAUGAUGCAGCAAGAGAAAACAAGAGCAACAUACACAGAGAUGAAAAAAGGAUGACUCUUGGUCACAGUAAAUUGGAUAUGAUUACCAAUUAUAACAAAUCAAAAGCAAAACAAGUUCACAGUCGAUUUGAGAUGUAAUCUGUGAUGUGGUAUUAGCAAAAUGUUUAUCAUAGCCAAACGUGCCAUGCAUUUGUAAAAAUUAAUUCCAAAAUAUAGAAGCUUGAUAUCUGUUUAUUAUUAAUUGAUAUAGGUGUCAAAAACAUUUCUAAAAUACUGAGAUGUCUUUGUAAGAAGUUUAGAAAAAUUGUCAUAUAUGAUAUAUGAGAGCUAAAGGAACUCUGGUACUCCAUAAUUCUAGAAUUAAUCUGAAAGAUAAAAUACCUUGAAAGCUGGAAAAAGGAACAAUCUGAGAUGUCUUCCUCCUGGACAUAUUUAUUUACUGGUUCUCAGAUAACUAGAUUACUAAUUAAUGGUGGUUUGAGUGAUGGAUUGUGGUCAAUAAACUCAUUGGAUGACCUUGGAAAAGAUGUUAUCUUUCUGGUCAAUGCCAAUGAAAGUAAAUUGCAGGGUGGGGCAUCUAUAUAAUCCUGAACAAUUUGGAGAAAGGAUAUAAUUGAAAAUGCUAUAAACCAGUAAAUAAAUAUGAGCGGAAGAAAUCACUCACUUAAAAAUAGUACACUGGUUUUGGUACAACUCUUUAUCAGAAGUGGAAAUCUCACCAUAAUACAAAAAUGGUGCUUCCUGUUUCCUAGUAAUUGACUUUUGUCAUUCUGUUUAAUAAAUAAUGUUAGUUGUACAAUGCAAUUAUAAUAAAGAUCUCUGAGUACUGAAGACUGAUAUUAACUAUGUAAGAAGACAUACCAAAGGGUGGGUAUAAAUGACUGGAAAUGUCCUGAACAUCACUUGUGUAACCUGAAUUAGGUUUGCAUUCUGUCUGACUUCUGAUUUUUUUUAAAUUACAGGAACACAAUCUCAUAUCAGUGGUCAAUCAGAUUUUCAUAAUGGGUGCCCACAACCCCAGGAUAGUUCCUUGUACAUGAGUCACUGAAAAGGAAUUAAGGCACAGUCCAGCCAAAGUCUCUUUUAUUUCCAUGGGAAGUUAAUUGCUUCAUUAUCUAAAAUCAGCUAAACUUAAAUAUGUUUAGCUUUGACUAUCUUAUGCUGUCACUUAGUAGGGAGGAGCAGGUUGUUGUUAUCACUAACGCUUACUAUUUCUCAUAACUGAAAUUGGAUGUGUUUUGUCUGUCUGGUUUUUAGAAUAUGUUGAGCUAGUAUAGCCAAGAAUUUCUGGGCUUGCUGUGGGAAUCUUUUGGAAAAAUCACUCAUUUUAAUGUUCUCUUCCAAUUCUAUAAUUGUAUGACAGAGAAAGAAGGAGAGAAAGGAUGUUGGACAGGGUAUUAGUGACGCCAAACAAGGAAACAGACUGCUACCAGUAAUCUGGCAAUCUUCACAGUGAGGCAAAUGGAUGCAUACAUUGGGUUGCUGUGAGUUUUCUGGGCUGUAUGGCCAUGUUCCAGAAGCAAUUCAUUCAGUUGCUUCCGAC